AUGUGCAGUCCUCUAUUGGUUUCUCAACCGUCUUAUGAUCUAGGCAUGUAUUUACCAAGUGAAUUAGAUUCGGAAGACACAACAGUUUAUCAAUCACCUGAAAUAUUAAUGCGUUCAAUUAAUAUUGAUAUGUCAUUAUCGGCCCAUCGAUUUGAAUCUGAAAUAUUUGAUCCAAUUAGUGAUGACAUGGAAGCUCUAUCGACGCUAACAGAUAGUGAUAUGCUACCAAAAUAUGAUAAUACCUUGGAUAAAAUUGAUAUUGCCACUUGGUUUUCAGAACACUGUGUAGUAGCACCUGAUGUAUCGACUAUAGAAGAUAAAGGAGCAUCACAUGAUGAAAAAUUAUUAUCUGUAUCAUCAAAACGUCCUUACAAAAGACAAAAGAGCAAUAAAUUAUCGUCUAAUUCAUCUGUACCUUCAAAUUCUAUGCAAAUAAAAAUGUUUCUUGUAUUUGAUGAAAAAACAGGACGAUUACGUCGACCAUUAUUACAUGAGUUUAUUCGAACAAUAUUAGAAAAUGUUGAAUAUUCACAUAUUGCUGAAUAUAUUGAUCGAAAACAAGGCAUUUUUAAAUUAUAUCAACCAGAUGAAAUUGCUGAAUUAUGGAAACAAGUGAAAGGACGUAAUAGUGAUAAUAAUAUGACCUACGAUAAAUUAGCAAGAGCUCUUCGUUAUUAUUAUGGAAAUGGUAUAAUGUAUCCUAAUCCAGGACGUUUCACAUUUCGAUUUGGACCAAAAUCUGGCUUUGGCAUUUCAUGGUGGCCAGCUGAUUACUAA